UUUUGUAUUCACCAUCCACGAGGACUACGCAAUGGACCACCGUCCUUCUAAAGUGUACUUCGUGGAUUCCAACUACAAUGGAAGUCUGUACCAGAUAAACUUCUGGGUUCACGCUGUGCUCAUCAAGCUGCUUCCGUGUGUCAUACUGACCGUCAUCAGUGCGUGGCUAAUACGAGUUUUAUAUCACGCAAAUAUGAGAAAGAAAGCACUCAAAGGAUACAACGCUUGCCCUGUGACUGUUACUGACACUGGCAAUGGAAACGUAUUCACGAGAAGAUCAACGAAGCGGUCCAAAGCUGAAAGACGGACAGACAGAACCACAAGGAUGCUUGUUGCUGUGCUGUUGUUAUUCUUGUUGACAGAAUUCCCACAAGGUAUUUUAGGUUUAAUGAGCGGAAUGCUUGGCCGGUGCUUCUUCAAGCAGUGCUACAAUCUCUUCGGUGAGCUGAUGGAUGCGUUGGCACUACUGAACGGUGCUAUCAACUUCGUCCUGUACUGUUCCAUGUCGAAGCAGUUCCGGACAACCUUCAGACAGAUCUUACGUGCUAAAUGUGCUUCAGCCCCACGUGCUACCUCACAAACAGAACUACAAACUACAUAUGUGUAGAAUUAAAUCUUUAAUUAUUA